AUGGCGUCGUGCCAGCGCGAGCCCGGCGACGCCCUACUCGAAGCAUUCCUGGAGGGACUUCCGAACGCGGACGCGAGCGAUGAUCCAGUGCUCGGAGACGUCGAAUCCCUUUUCGACGGACUCGUGGACGAUAUGAACUCCGAUCAAGCGCAGCGCGUUCAGGGAGGCGCGUUAGCGACGACGCAAGGUCCGAGAGAUGGGCGGGUGGGGAGACCGGCGACUGCUGGAGAAAGGGGUAGGAAUACGCGCUCGACGUCGAGAUCGAAAUCGAGGAGCAGAGCGAGGAGCGCGGGGAGAGAUUCAACCGUUCGUUCGCUAGUGCGCGCGGCUCUUGCAUCCACGGGAUCUGUGAACGACGGUUUAGAAGAUGCGGUGGACAACGUGCGGAGUAAGCUCACGGCAAUGGCAGAGGGCGUCAAAAGUAUCAUCGAACACGAAUGUCUCAUCCAGGUAUGGCUUGUAGACAAACGUGACGAGGAAUGGACCAUGAGCGCGUGCGAUGAACUCGUUGGAUUGAAGAGUGCGAACCACAUGGAUGCACUUUGGGCGUUCCACUCGGAGUUUAAGAGCUUCUCGCUGAACGCGUAUAUGGCAGGUCAUGACGGGUUCACACCGGUAUCGGGUGCCCCGGGCCGCGUUUUCGUGACGAAGGAGCCCGAGUUCACGCCUUCUGUGCAGUGCUACAACCCGUCCGAGUAUCAGAGGAAGGCAUUGGCGUGUGAAAUGGGUUGCCACAGCCAGCUCCUCGUGCCAAUUUUUCUUGAGGCUGUGGAGACACCUAUUGGCAUAGUGGAGGUCACGUUCCUUCGAGUAUUAGAUAAUAUUGGAACCCUUUAUCGACAGAUUCUGAACGAAAUUACAUCAGUCGGUUUGAAAUCGGCGACAUCGCCGCUGCUGGGACCACCUAUCAUGAUGGCGGAGAGGAUUGCACCAGACAGUCAGCGCUUAGACUCUGGUUCAAUAGCAACAAGGUUGCAAGAUUUCUGCUCUAGAAUGGACAUUCCUUACGCUCAGAUUUGGAUUCCUUGCGCCGCAGAUAAAACUUUUGUCACUGCUGGUGCGCCGUUUUAUCAGAUUUCGACACACUUCAACCAAUACAGGAACUUCGCGUCAAAUGUUGGGAUAGCAGACAGUCAUGGAACGUUUUCAAAAGUAUGGACAAGUGGAUCCAUGAUUUGGUUACACGAUUUGAGCACGAUCUCGCGUCGUGAUCUCGUUCUAAAACACGCGUGUGAACUGCUCCAAAUCCGCGCCAUGUGCGUUUCAAAAGUUGCUUUCAAUGACGUCAAAACAGGCGCGCCUCUUGAGGUGUUAUUAGAAGUCCUCCUCGACCCCAAUCUGAAAUCACCUCGAGAGCAAGCGAAGACAGUGCAGGCCUUCUGGUCAUCGCUUGAAAGCUCUCUGAACGUCUCAGUCGUCACGCAAACCGAGAAAACGUGGCUUGAAGAGAUGAAGAAGGAGCAAACUGCGUCGGAUGUGCAAAUAGAAGGCACAAACGUAUCGACCAUGUGGGGCAUCACCCUCGAAGUCUUGCAAGCGAACUUUCACAAGCACCUCAAGCAGGCUGCAAGCGACUUAGGAGUCGGUAGUACAACGCUCAAGCGCAUCUGUCGACAGUAUGGCAUUCGUCGCUGGCCAAGACGCAGCCUCAAUAGCAGGAAUGGCCGUAUGAACGAGAUCCUGACCAAGUCUCAGGGUGGCGAAGAUAGCUACGGAGAACUUCGGUCCGAAUCACCGGUUCAACCUACUGGUAGCGCCAUCUCGUACGCCUCAGAAUUAUUAGACCAAGCCGCUGAGCGCUUUGCUCGUGAUGCCGCUGGAGUAUCGCACGAAGCACAACAUCACAAACGAGGUCUUGAGGAACGAGUUCAUAGGGGCGGUAAUCUUGGAGCUCUUUGGCGUGGUGGCAAGAUGCAACGCGGUGCGAGUUGGCAUGGAAAUGAUGCCGCACUCAACGCGAUAGAGUUCGAUGUACCUACGCGCUUUGAACAAAGCGUGCAUGGAAUGUACAACUUCAAUAUGUCUCCGCCACCGCUGGACCAAUCUGUUCACGGAAACACCGCCCUGGACGAGCUCAGGAAUAAUCAAGAAAUGGCUGACUUCUUUGAAGGAUUAGUUCAAGACCCCUCAGAACAUCAGGCGCUGAUCGUGAAGAUCAGUGUCGGCGAUACUCUCAUGCGGGUUCGAUUAGUAACGGCCUCGCGAUACGCUGAGCUCACGGAAGCGCUAGGCGCUAUGCUGUCCGAAACACUGGCCAACUGCAAGCUCAAAUACCAAGACGAUGAGGGUGACUGGUGCUUGAUGCGUAGUCAGGAAGACUUUGACGAGUGCAUCGCUCUCAACACACAUAAAGGAAAAUCAAACGUUAUACGAAUCAAGUUGACGAUGGAUGGUACCGUAAAGGACUUGUUCAAACUUGAGCAAGUUGUUAGAAAACUACCACCAAGCGUUGUAGCCAACGCGAUAUCUGUCAAGGCAAGUGUAGAGGAUGACGUGGUGAGAUUUAAGCUGACAUCAGAUAUGACGUUCGCAGCUCUUUUGGCGAAGCUACAUUUGAAUGGUAAGAAGGAAGUGACUCUGCAUUACCUGGACGACGGCGACGAGUGGAUAAGACUCGGCGGCGACUUAGACUUGUUAGAAGCGCGAAUCUGUGGGGAUGCCGCAGGGGCACUUCGCAUUAAAUGUAUGUGA